GUGACACCGCGGUGUCAACGAAACCUCGUAUGACACCCGUCUGCUCAUUCUGUGUUGACCAUUCGCAUUGGCUACAGCUUAUUUCCCUUUCCUCCUGCUGAUUAACAUGCCUGUUGUCGUACUCAACGUUGGAGGCACCAAAUUCGAAACUUCGCUAGAGACUCUGAGGAAGAAUCCGGGCCCGCGAGACAGAAGCAUGCUUGCGAGUCUGAAUUAUGUGGAAGGCGAGGAGAUCUUUAUUGAUAGAGAUCCAAGAUACUUCCCAUCCAUAUUGAAUUACCUGAGAGAUGGUACCGUGAAUGUCGACGAAGAUGAGAGUACCCUUGCUCAAAUAAAGCGUGAGGCUCAGUUCUACGGACUCGAAGACCUUGCGCAGCACAUCGAUGGCCUGAUUUCACGUGCACUACUAGCAAGCAUCCCGUUUGAUUUUUUGAGGAAUCUCACGCCUGGUGAUAUCUUCGCUAUUCGCAGAGAUCAUCUCUGAUCGUAAUGCAUUUUAUUGCUGU